AUGUCGUCGUUGUCAAGGCGUGGCCGUAAGCCUAAGUCAGCAAACCGAGCACAGCAGCAGCAGGCACAGCAGGACCGAGAGCCUGACUCAUCAGAAGCUGAUUGCGAUCUUGAGCAAAGCACACUGAAUUCACAGCCCGAGCAGAGCGGAACAUAUGACGUACGGGAAAGCCCCGAGCUCCCCACAAAUCCCCAGGACGCGGUAUCAUCACACUACUCGUCCAGCCACUCAUCCCAUCAUGAUGCUGUAUCACUGGAUAUGCAAGCUGAUUCCAUCACGGCACCAAGUUUCGACCAGCUGUACAAUGUAGCUGACAUCCAGACUUCCUAUCCUCUCCCUGAUUUCGACCUCGCAGUCCAUCAUGGUGCCGACUCUCUCCACGAAUCCCCUACACGCGAGCGAGCUUCGACCAUUACCCAAGACUUGCCAUCUCGUGCAUGCCGUUACAAGUGUCUCGAGCCAAUAAUCCCUUUGCUACACGGCAUAAUCGACGCUAGGCUUGUCUGCGAACUGUUCGAGCUUUACUUUGUUGAGCCAGGGGGAUCUUUGUUUAAAUGUUCUUCCCCGUAUGUUCUAGCUCAUGUUAUGCGCAAAGAGUCGCUGCUUCGAACAGACAACCCACGGACAUGCACGCCAGCACUAUUAGUUACCAUGCUCUGGGUCAGCGCACAGACAGCCGAGAGUUCCUUGUUUCUGCUUCCAGGCCAGAAAGCGAUUGUUUGCGAAGAGCUCAGAAAGCUGAUGAUGGGUCUAAUUCAAGGGAGGGACCGUGAUGUUUGGAACAGAACUACCAGCGGGCCCCUUGUGAGAGAUCUUGAGUAUGCUGCCACGGCCGGAGACCAAAACCGGCAAGAGUACCACGUUGGAUCAACCUCUACCGUCUCUCCACCAGUACCUCUGGUUGACGAUGUCCUCAUGUUCAUCCUCGUCACAAUCGUCUCUUCGGGCGGCGACUUUAAGACAGAUUGUCUUCGAUGGUGGAACAAGGCACUACGGCUGUCUCACAAUAUGGGAUUGAACAGAGAAGACACGCUUGAGAACAACUUCACCCAGUCAGAAACAUCUCUGUGUACAAGCCAAACAACCUCGUGCGGUUGUAGGACCUGUGAAGCUUCCCGCACAGGGUUGACCAUGUCAGAAAUCCGGGAAGAGCGUCGGAGAGCGUUUUGGUUAAUCUUUUGCCUCGAUCGUCACCUGGCCCUAUCGUUCAACGCACCACUCCGAAUCCUUGACGAUGAGUGCCAACUAUAUGCGCCGCUGUCAGAUGAAGCUUGGGCCGCCUUGUCAACAGGACGAGACCCUCAAGACGCAGCAUUGGAUAGAAGCUCACACUCUACAACGUUCGGAGCUCCAACUCGUAUAUCGGGGACUGGCUUCUUUGAAUAUUUUCUCCCACUCAUGACGAUCCUUGGGGAUGUUAUUCAAUUGCAUAGACAAAAGUCCCAUCCAAGAUUUGGCAAUAUUCGAAGGCCUCAAGCUGAUGGACAUGAGGAAGAAGAUGACCCAGCCACUGCAAUGAUCGAACAAGUCAUGGCACAGUGUGCACAGAGCAUAACUGACCUGGCUGGCUUGUACCAGGUCGAUGCACUUGAUGCCUCAGCAAUACCAGCCAGUCAAGUUCGCACGCCGCAAUGUGUGAUAUCGCCGCAACAGAGCCACGGGGACCCUCCCAGACCGUCAAAUCACACCGGCCACGCCUCAUCACAUCGUCGACACGCGCAAGCUCAGCUUGUUACUGCAUACAGCACAUUCAUACUACACGUCCUUCACGUGCUUCUACAUGGGAAGUGGGAUGCCGUCUCAAUGCUGGAUAAUAAAGAUGGCUGGAUACCAUCUGUAGGCUUCAUGAAAUGUGCAUCUCAUGCAAUAGCUGCGUCUGACGCCAUGUCGCGAAUCUUGACCUGUGAUCCUGAACUUUCUUUCAUGCCAUAUCUCUUUGGCAUUUAUCUUUUGCAUGGCAGCUUCAUCCUGUUGCUUUUUGCAGAUCGAAUGCCCCAACUUGGCCUGAACGAAUCUGUCGAAAAGGCUUGUGAGAUUAUUAUACGAGCUCAUGAGGUUUGCGUUGUGACUUUGAGCACGGAGUUCCAGUGUGAGGAGUCCAGCGACAUCUAA